AUGAACGAACCAGAGGUAGCUCCAUAUGGAGGAUUCAUAGUUAAAUCAUUAGAUGAUGAAAAAGAAAAUCAAGCUAAAAUAGAGGAAUUGUCAAUAGAAGUUGAACAUAAUGGUACAAUACAAAAACUAAGACCAGAGGCAUUUAGAUUAAAUGGAGUAGAUAAUUUAUCAACUGAAGAAAUUAAAUCAUACGUUGACUACUACCUUAAUUACACAGUCUCAAAAGAUCCAGAAACCGGUAAACUCAUAUAUAAUCAAAUACCUUUAGAAGAUGAAAUAAAUUUUCGAGUAGAAUGGAUUGAUGAUUCAAAUGUUGUAAUAGUUUUCAAAACAAAUCAAGAUAAUCUAAAAGCAAUUAGACAAGUAAGAAAUAUAGCACUAACAACCGACGAAAAUGAUCCAGAUAUUAUAGAUGAAAUAAUACAAGAAGUUGAUGCAAAAGAUUAUAAUCCUAUAAUAGAAUUCCGUAAAAGUCAAAGUUUAUCAAAUAGAUUAGGAUUACCUGAAAAAGAAUCAGAAACAAUAGACGAGGAUGAGACUUUUACUGAAUUAAAAAUAAGACAAGCAUUUCAACUGGAUAGAAAAAUUAAAAAUGCAUCACAAUUUUCAAGAUAUUAUUUACUUCAUGGUGAACCAGAAAGAGAAGUACGACCAAGAAGAAAGAACUUUAAUAGAAAUAGACAUGAAAGAGAACCAACCAUGAAUCACAAUGAUCAAGAUAAUGAAGACCUAUUCUCCAAAAAGGCUUAUUUCAAACGUCAUAAUGAAAAUGAAACACCAACGACAAUUGAACAAGAAGACGAAGAAGAAGAUUUAUUCGCUGACAAACUUAAAGGUAGAAAUGGAAGAAGAAUUGAAAUCAGUUCUACAAGAAACCAAGACGACGAAGAUUUGUUCGCUAAAAAAAGAGGAGUUGAAGAAGAUUUAUUUGCUCAUAAAUUGAAAAAAACUAGAUCAAGGUCACCAACAAGAAAUCCAAGUCAUAGUCGCUACAAACAGAGAUAUUAA